AUGUGUGCGUCGAACGACGCCCGGACCCAGGCUGAAGAUUGGGUUUCGUUGUUCGACGGGAAGACCAUGGACGGCUGGGAAAAAGUCGGCAAAGACGAAAGCACCUGGGAAGUGAAGGAUGGCGCCCUGUGCGGUUCGGGACCAGCCUCGAUGCUGGUUUGCACCAAGGGUCCGUACAAGAACUUCCGCUAUCGAGCCGAGAUCAAGAUUAACGAUCGCGGUAAUUCCGGUCUCUAUUUCCGCACAACCCGCAGACCGGGCUUCACCGAUGGUUACGAAGCCCAAAUCGACAGUACACACCUCGACCCAAUUCGCACAGGCUCGUUGUACGGCAUGUGCCAUGUCUACAAGCGUUUGGUCGAGCCCGACACUUGGUUCACUUAUGAAAUCGAAGUUCGCGACGAUGUCUGGCGGGGGCGCCCCGUGACGAAGAUCAAAAUCACGGUAGACGGCGACGAACUGUACGAAUACUUCGACUUCGACCAGACCUUCAAAGAAGGUUACUUCGCCUUCCAGCAGCACGACCCCGGCAGCAAAGUUUGCAUCCGCAAGGCGUUUUACGAUCGAAAGCGGCGGUAUCCAGUGAUUUCGGAAUCGGAUUCCGCAGAUACCGCCCGGUUUCAGCAACUGGGCGAUCCGUGCAAGUGUGGCUGGAUGAUCUUCGAUGUAGUCCAUCACUCCGAACGCCAUGAUGGCAUCGAACGGACCGCAUUCGUUGGGGAGAUCGUCGAGAACACCAUGAAAGAACUCGGCCUGGUGCCCUGCUUCUGCGAAGGUCUCACGUACAAACUUUUCGACCAACUCCAGGGCAACUCGCUGGCGAUUGUGAUAAUCGAAGGGCACAACUCGGGUGCCUGCGUGGGCGACGCCUCGGGCGUGAAGUACGCAAUUCAAGAAGAGAGACUGUGCGGCGAGAAAAACUACUGGGGCUUCCCCAAGCUGUCGCUGCAAGCUUGCCUCGAUUAUGUCGGGGCAAAGCCCUCGGAUAUUGAGAGCCUCUCGUAUGGCGGCAACAUUGUGCUGUGCCGGUAUCACAGUCGAGACGAUGUGAUUGAAUCGUAUCGCCGUCAGGAAACGUUCGCUGGGAAAUUGCGUCAACGUGUUGCAAUGCCCAUCGUGACCCGGCUACGGCGCAACUAUGGCCAGGGCCCUUUACGUGGUCUCUUGGACCAAGCUGGUUACGCCGAUGUGCCCGUGGUUCAUUUCGACCAUCACUUAUCUCAUGCGGCCACCGCAUAUUACGGGCUGAGAACGUCGCCGGAGAAAAAGUAUCUCGUCCUCACUUGCGAUGGUGCCGGCGAUGGGCUGUGCGCCACUGUGCGUGUGAUGGGUGGAGGUGAAGAUCGGCUCGUUGCAGAAACCCCUUGGGGUGAUUCCCUGGGUGCAUUGUACUCGUGGGUUACCUACGGGAUGGGUUUUGUUCCCAUGGAGCACGAGUACAAAUUGAUGGGCAUGGCACCCUACGCAUCGGAGAGCGGCACGCAGCAAGUUGCAAGUAUCUUCCGACGCUAUUUGGGGCUCUCUAAAGACGGGCUUUCCUUCCAACGGCAAACGCAUCGGCGAAUCAACGAUGCAUAUGGGGCAAUCGAAGCGGACCUUCAGGGCAUGCGUUUCGACUGGAUCUGUGCGGGCCUUCAACGAUUCACCGAGGAGAUGCUGGUCGAAUGGGUUCGUAAUGCGAUCCGUGCCACGGGCGUAAGCGAUGUCUUGGCAGCCGGUGGGGUGUUUAUGAAUGUGAAGGCCAACAAGUGCAUCGCAGAAAUGAACGAAGUCGAUUCCUUUGAAGCCUUCCCCUCGUGCGGUGACGAGACGCUUCCUAUGGGAGCCCUGUAUCUCGACGCUGCCCAGCGAUAUGACGGUGAUGCAGUGCAACCGCUGCAGCACUACUACUUAGGCGAUGAUUUGACCGAAGAUGAGAUCCGUACGGCCCUUGCGGGUGCCAAUGUUUCUUUUGAGAAACCGGACAACAUCGCUAAGGAGGUCGCGGGAGUACUAGCCGCUGGCCAUCCGCUCGCCCGCUGUGCAGGCAGGAUGGAGUUUGGUGCUCGGGCCCUUGGGAAUCGGUCAAUCUUGGGCGAUCCCAGCAAUCAGGAUUUGGUUCGAGUCAUCAACCGCAUGGUGAAGAAGCGAGACUUCUGGAUGCCUUUCGCACCCAUGGUGCUAGAAGAGCGGCAGGAUGAGUACCUGCAGAACCCGAAGAAGCUUCGAAGCCCGUAUAUGAUGAUGACGUUCGACACGAGGCAAAACUUCCGCGACCUAAUUGCGGCAGUUCACAACGCCGACCUGACGCAUUCGAGCAACAGACGGGACGUGGGGUGA